CGCGAGUUUAGAGUAGUCUGUCGCGAUUUCAUGAAUCGCUACGUGAACAUCGAGGAGUUCUCCAUUUGGCACAAUCGUCACGCUUACAAUCGUCGCAAAUAUGUGAUCCAGAGUAUUAUCAAGAACUGGAUGCCGUUGCUCUUUUGGUUCUUUGCGCUGUACAGUGCCUUGGGACUGAUUCAUCAGCUCUGUCAAUUCUUGCGUGCCAAAAUGUACGUGGAUCGUCCUUUGGGCAUGUGGCGCGAACGCUGCUUCUAUGGGCUGCGCGACGAGAGCAUUCGCAAGAUGCGCGUCUUGGGCAGCUUCAUCAUGCUCCUCUGCUGGACGUCGCUGUUCAUAGGCAUUGUCUGGAGCAAACCCAAGUGUAUGAAACCGUGGCUGACAAUAAUGGGCGUGGUCUUACCUUUUGACUUUGUUCUAUGGGGCAUGGAGGUCAUCAUUGGAAUCGAGCAGUUCACUUGGCAGGGGCUUCUUAGCUUUGUACUACCCGCCAUCUGCCGCUUUGUGCUGGGAUGCAUAAAACUUGCUCUCGAGGAGCCCAGCAGGAAACUGUUCCGGAUAUGAACCACACUCCAAGCUUUCAA